AGCUCUCAGUUUGAAUGGGCUCAGCAGACGCUUGUCUGUCUUUUCGAUCCCCAUGAGCAGACAAGACAUUAUCCAUGCUUAUCGAAACCUCCACAAGGCUACACUAAAAGCCAUUUGCUACUCCAAGCCCGCAAGUCACACCGCUCGAUCUAUCCUCAAUGAUACCUUCAAAAAGCGUCCUCAAGAUGAUUUCGAUGCCAUUCGGAUUCAAAACACCCUGAAGUUUCUCCAAGCCGCUGCGGAUUAUGCAGGUUAUGAACACAAGAUCCUGAAGAAUCUGCUCUACGUGAAAUGGUGGCAAUCACGUGAGUCCAAGCGAACCAUAACAUCAUCGUCUAACAGCGACUUUGCGCGCCACAUACGGGAACAGAGCACGCUGCAAUACUCUGCGACUUUAACCAUGCUCAACGAGAGCCUGGGCACGUGUCUAACCAUAUAAGGUUCUACACACCGGGAUGCGGUCACAUGCGAGGAGGGCAAUUGAGAAGACCCAUCUCGACCCAAUGUGAAACAGGCGUGCGCAUCGUGGCUAGAUUGUGCUUUCCACCGCAUCAUGCUGUCAUUCCACUCGAAUUUGUCGAGCGCCAAAUGACAGUCCAGCAGGAAUUUGCAGGAGGCGUUCCAGACUACACGUAAGCGCCCGAGUCUGUGACGACCACUUUCCGAGUUGAAUCCCGAGCGUCUACAUAAAAAUACGCAUUUCAAAUCGACAAGAGCUUGCUUAUCACUCAUUCGGGUUACUGUGAUGUGACUAGAUAAUUCAUUUCUUCACUGACA